CCUUCGUUCUUCGAUUUUCUCGUCUAUCACUUUCCUCCUUUCGACAGCUCAACCCUCUCUCGCCCCCACGCGUUACUCUCGCCCCUGCGCGUCAAACCUCGUACCACCCCCAAGACGCGCACUAUCGAGUUUCACGAGGAAUUCCUUCUCCACUGAUUCGCCGCACUGCUUGUCAAUCGCUCGUCUGUGUGAAUCCUCCCUACCCGCCGCUUGCCACCUCUCGUCUCUCCAAAUUUGUAGCAUCACACCAAGAGGCGAACACCGAGCUACAAACACCAAGAACCCGACUCCAAUUUCUCAACGUCCCACGAUGUCAGGAAACCUUUUCGCACAAACAAGUCUCUCUGGAGCGCCUACGGACGAACUUGCGGAGCCGCUUACCGCGCGCGAGUCGCUGGUUCGAGUGCUGGACAGCGUCGACGCGAGCUUCAUGGCCAGCUGCGGCUUCGUGAGCAACACCGCCACGCACGCCAGGCUGGCGCCCGUCAGCACCGCGCCGUUCCUCCCGCACACGCCGCCACGAACCCCGUCCAGUUUCGGCCUUCGCGUCGACGUGCCGCGGAGCAUCAGCAGCAGCAGCGAUUAUCGAUCGUUCGGUGAGGGGAGGGCUGCCGACGAGGAGGAGGAGGUGAAUGAGGAGAUUUCGACAGGGACUGACAGCGACAGCUGGGGUUUCCAGCCCUCGUCGCUAACCGACUUGAGCGAAACGAACGACGCGGCAAGCGACGAUGAUUCGUUGUGCUCGCCGCAUUAUGCGGCGCCAGGGAGCCAGUCGCCGCUCUCCGUGCUCUCGCCUGCCCGAGAGACCCCUCCGUCGUCGAAAGGUCGUGCGACCAGACGCGCCCUAUGGCCCGAGGUGGGUGACUCCGACGCGUCGCCAAAAUACGCAGGGUCGCGCAAUCCGGCGGUUCCCGCAGAUUCCGAUGCUGGCGCAGGGCCGUCCACGUGGCAGGAAGGCAGCCAAUGGCAGCUUCCAGACGACCUACAGUUUGAAGAAACCGUUUCACCCCCCGCUUCGCCUCCACGCGCCGUCUCCGCCACGAUUCCGAUCUCCCCGCGGAACGUCGCACCCAGCAGCAUCGGGCAACACUCCGCGCAGGCUGCGCAGAGUUUCCCCCAUGGGGGAGCCUCCCCACCCCCCUUCUGUUUCGCGGGUGCUGGCGGGUUCCCCGUCUUCUGGCCUUUCCCAGGCGCAUUCCCCGUGCAUUAUCCGCCCAUCGGACUCUGCGCGCAAGACAGCAGCGCCAACGCGCGGGGCCCGCGCGGCGCAAGCGGGACACCCGGGGAGGCGCUGGGUGCCUGCAAAAGAGGGCAAGCGCAAAAGCCGGCGGGCGUCAUCAUUCCGCCACUUGGGUUCUGGGGCCAUCCGCAGGCGCCCGCGGUGACGCUUCCCCCGGGCGUGCAGCUCCCCCUGCGGCUGCAGGUGCAGCUGCAGCUGCAGCAGAUGUCGGAGGGGUCGCAGCAGCGGCAGCACCUCCCCGUGGCAGUGCAGGCGCCCGUGGCAAACUGCCCGCGCGCCUUCCUUCCGCCGAGGUACCUGGCGCCGAAAGACACCACCGGUACCGGCGUUUUCAUCCCGUCUAACCGUGCUGGGUUUUAAGUACGGAUGCGGCCCGGCAAACUUCGCGUGUGCCUGGCGCGGCAUCCUAGCAUUCGUUACUUCUUUUUUCACGCUUAGUUGCGGCUUCGAUGGGAUUCUCUGUAAUAAGCAGAGUGCCUACUUACUCGCAUUGCAUUCCUUUCUAUUGGAACCUUUAUGCGUUAUGUUGCUCCAGGUAUGUGCACUCAUUUCCUAAUUUCUUCUAUUAC